UCCUAGAGUGACGUAAUCACGUAGCCAGUCACGCUGCUUAGUGUCACGUGAAGCCUUCAACGGCGUAAAUGUUUUGUUUCAUGUCAUUUUUUUCUUUCAAAUUUCGUGCCAUUAGACCUGAAACCACAUUCCUAUUCACAGGAAGUGUAAAACGCUAACAUGGACGAGGACGGCCUGCCGUUAGUCGGGUCAGGAGUCGAUCUUACGAAGGUUCCUGCAAUACAGCAGAGACGAAUCGUUGGAUUUCUCAACCAGUUUGUUGUGCACACCGUACGAUUUCUUAACCAGUUUUCCACCGUGUGUGAAGAGAAACUUGCAAACAUUUCUCUUCGCAUACAGCAGAUUGAAACCACACUCAGCAUUUUAGAGGCUAAGCUGUCCUCUAUUCCUGGACUGGAGGACGUCACAGUAGAGGGCCUCAACCAACAGCAAGCCUCCCACACUAAAGGACCCAGUACUAUCGGUCAGAACCUAACUAACGGUGUAGCAGCAGGACCACCUUCUUCCUCAGAGCCUGCUCAGAGUUUGCCAGAAGCUGCACCUGCACAAAAAGCAGAAGUGGCUGCAGAGAACGUCAUGACUGUGGCUAAGGACCCAAGUUAUGCCCGUUACCUAAAAAUGGUUCAAGUGGGGGUACCAGAAAUGGCCAUUAAGAAUAAAAUGAUCAUGGAGGGUUUGGAUCCCAAUCUGCUCCACACGCCUGACGCUCCUGUUCCUGAUGGUGCAACAAGGACCACAGGCGAUGGAGAUGCCGCUGCCACCAGCUCUGACAGCGAAUCAUCAUUCAGCGACUGAAAUCUUCUCCGCUAAGCUCUAAAAGUUCCUCCACCACCACGAGUGCUGCUCCGAGCCUGCUGCGUGUUGCAGAGGCUGCGUCGUGCCCGAGAGCCACGUGAAGAGUAAAUGGGCUGAAAUGGUUCUGCUGGUGGUCACUGGGAUGUUCACGGGAAGGAAGCCCUUUUUGCAGACUUGAUUGUAUUAUACUAAAAAUGUAAUGUUUUUGCGUUGACAUCAAGCAUCGCCGUAACAUGUUAUUAGAUAAUUUUAUUUGUAAAGUAAAUCUGCUUUGUGCUUCUUGGCUGUUUCGUGUAUUUUCGUAAACAAGGCGUUAGUGUUCACACUAAACCCGCCGUCACGCAGACGACUGAUCUGGGCACAAAUGUCAACUGAGAGGUUUUCGUCUCAGUUGUGUUGUCAAAACGAAAGAUUCUGUAAUUAAAUCUGACAGAAAACUCCAGAAGAUGUAGAAAAAAUAUUGGAAUGUUUAAUCAGUUUGGAAAGCACUUUGUUUAAGAGAACUGUUUCAGGUUUAUUUUUUCACGCUAAUAAAGACACACAACUUGAUAUUAAAUAUGUCAUUUAUUAUUCUGAUCAGUUGUGUAAAAAGGAUCUCACAGUACCUCAUGUCACAAACAAUAAUACUAAACAGUUUUUCUUGUAGUUACAGUAAAAAAUGUAUUAGCAAAAAACAUAAUACAGAACACUGGUAUAAAGUUGUUUAUAUUUUAUUUGUUAAAAUCAAUUAAGCACAAAAAGGCAACCGUAUAGCUAGACCUGAGUAAAUUUAUUAUUAAACAUUUUAAGCUGUUUUAUCACCAAACAGUACUUGAGAAAUACUUUGUUUGUCGAUAGAAAUCUUUAAAUCAGCACCAAAGAGUAAAAAUUCCCACCAGGAGAGUGAGGAAGCAGAUGUGUGCCUUCUGUAGGAACAUUUCUGAUUUGAGGAGCUGAAGAUGCAUUUAAAAAAACGUUCUUUCACUUUUAGUUUUCUGCUGCCAUUUACAUUUGAUUGAGCCUUAAAACUUAAUAAAAAUUUAGACAUUUGUAGCACCACAGAGCUUUUUCCCACCGAGUUGCAUCGGUUGGACAGAUGACUUGGACUUGGGGGAGAAAAAGUCUCGUUUUUGAAGGUGUGGAACACUUCACAAUCAAUACAUGUGCAGUGGUUUCUAGUCGUACUCGGGAGAAAAACAGAAGCAACAUUUCCAGGAACUAAAAGUGAGCCACAUCACAGCCGAGCUUCAGACGGCAGGUCUUAUUUCCUGAUAUUUGGACAUCUCGCCACAGAUUGGCUAACAGCAACACAACUCUACCGCUGACUUGAAACGUUGCUGUUUUAUCUCCACAGAUAACACAAGCCUGAAGGAGUUCUGCUGUGUGGUGGAGUUGCUAAUUCUAAUGGUUAGCUUCUCCUAGCAGAGAUGUUCUCUGUGGUUUUCGAGAUGCUAAACCAACAACAGCCGAUUAUAUUCAGAAAUAAUCAUAAAAAUAUGUUUUUUCAGUGUUCCACACCUUCAAUUUAGUUUAAUAUAUUUGUAUUUCAUACUUUAUAUCCUACACAAAACUUUGGUUCAUGUGGUUUUAAGUGUGAAGCAAAAAUAAACUUUGACUUGACAAUACUUGG